AGCACCAUGCCAUACACCUGCUCUCUGCCCAACCUGAGCUGUCGCACCAGCUGCUGCUCCCGGCCCUGCAUACCUCCCAGCUGUCACAGCUGCACCCUGCCCGGGGCCUGCAACAUCCCCGCCAACGUGGGCAACUGCGGCUGGUUCUGCGAGGGCUCCUUCAAUGGCAGUGGAGACCAACCGCAGGGGUUCCUGAACGACCGGCUGGCCAGCUACCUGGAGAAGGUGCGGCAGCUGGAGCGGGAGAACGCGGAGCUGGAGGGCCGCAUCCGUGAGUGGUGCCAGCAGCAGGUGCCCUACGUGUGCCCGGACUACCAGUCCUACUUCCGGACCAUCGAGGAGCUCCAGCAGAAGAUUCUGUGUGCCAAGUCUGAGAAUACCAGGCUGGUGGUGCAGAUUGACAAUGCCAAGCUGGCCUCUGAUGACUUCAGAACCAAGUACGAGAUGGAGCUGUCCCUGCGGCAGCUGGUGGAGGCCGACAUCAACAGCCUGCGCAGGAUCCUGGAUGAGCUGACCCUGUGCAAGGCCGACCUGGAGGCGCAGGUGGAGUCCCUGAAGGAGGAGCUGCUGUGUCUCAAGAAGAACCACGAGGAGGAAGUCAACACCCUGCGCAGCCAGAUCGGCGAGCGUCUCAACGUGGAGGUGGACGCUGCCCCCACCGUGGACCUGAACCGGGUGCUCAACGAGACCAGGUGUCAGUAUGAGGCCCUGGUGGAGACCAACCGCAGGGACGUGGAGGAAUGGUUCACCACGCAGACGGAGGAGCUCAACAAGCAGGUGGUGUCCAGCUCGGAGCAGCUGCAGUCCUGCCAGGCCGAGAUCAUCGAGCUGAGACGCACCGUCAACGCCCUGGAGAUCGAGCUGCAGGCCCAGCACAACCUGAGAAACUCUCUGGAGAACACACUGACGGAGACAGAGGCCCGCUACAGCGCCCAGCUGUCCCAGGUGCAGUGCCUGAUCACGAAUGUUGAAGACCAGCUGGCCGAGAUCCGGGCCGACCUGGAGCGUCAGAACCAGGAGUACCAGGUGCUGCUGGACGUGCGGGCCCGGCUGGAGUGCGAGAUCAACACGUACCGUGGCCUGCUGGAGAGCGAGGACUGCAAGCUCCCCUGCAACCCAUGUGCAACCACCAAUGCUUGUGGUAACUCUUGUGGACCGUGUGGCACCUCUCAAUCACGUUGCAGUUAA